UUGGAGAAGACUUGUACAUAGCAUUUGUUUAUUGAGUUAAUGCCAAAUAAUAGAAGGGGACAUUUAACAUGUGUGUGUGUGUGUUUCAAAGUAGAUUAGAGAAAUAUUGACAAUUAUAGAAUGGAACAUGUCUGUGUGGAUUUGCAGGAAACAAUUUGGUCUAUUACUCCGACAUUAUAGACUAGACUGUGCUCUGAGAAGGAAAGUAAGUCAGGCACUGGGAAACCACAGAGGUGUGCUGUUUUGAGCUUGACUUGUCAGUUGCAGACAUGUAGAUAGAGGAACCCGGUUAGACAGAAGGAGCUAUCGAAGUUGAACAUUGUGACAGAGUUAGAUGAGAGGAGGGGCAUUUAUAAAGUGUAUGUCAUAAACAAAUGUGUCAGGUAUAAAAGGCUAUGUGCAUUGUAUGAUACUCAGAGCUCUCGUGAAUAAAGAAUCUGACUCUUGAAAGCUUGGUCUCCGUCUGCUUCAUUUAAACCAGAACCUUACAAACUCUGGGUUGCAGACUGAGUAGAUUAAUUAAAGUUCCGUUUAAGAACAUUGAGAACAUAAUUCUCUUAACACAUAGUCAGCUAUCGACUGGACAGCCAGUUAUCUAGACAGGCCUACAUUUGAGCUGUUGAAGUGAGAUAGGUACAAUGGAGGACAGAAGCCUUCCUCGUGUUGUGGUCAUUACACUGUCUGUGCUGAUCUACAUUUCUGCUUUGGCAAUAAAUGCCAUGGCAGGAGCUGGAAAGGGACCAUUCCAUUGGAGUACAGGGAACAUCUCCAGGAAGUAUGAGACUGACAUAACUCCGUCCGGAUGGACCUUCUCCAUCUGGGGGCUUAUCUACACCUGGCUGGCCCUCAUGGUCAUGUAUAUCAUCUCCUUGAUCUACAGAGGGAGCUGGACCCUCUCUGUGCUACUGUGCGGUUUCUACCUGUCCUGGAUAGUUAACAUGGCCCUCAACAUGACCUGGCUGCUCCUAUGGGAUCAAGAGCAGGUGACUGCUGCAUUGAUUGUAAUGGCGACCAUUGCUGUCACCUACUACUCCGUGGGCUUCUUCUCCUGCUAUGGGCUGAGUGUUUACGGAGCCUGGCUCAGCCAGAACCACCCCUGGGACCUCUGGUGCAUUCGUUUGCUGGUGCAAAAUAGCAUUGCGCUGUACAGCACGUGGACAACUAUCGCCACUUUGAUCAACUUCACUCUGGUGUUGGACCUCUCUGGAGUGGCAAGGAGCACUGCAGCCACCGUGUCUCUCUGCAUCCUACUGGUGGAGGUGAUCGGAUGAUUUGGUAUUGAGAACUUCCUGCUGGAUCAGCAUGUGAGGUACAUCCUGACUAUUUACCCUGUGGUGAUCAUUGCUCUGGUUGGAAACGUGACCAAGCACUACGGCCCUGCAGCACCAAGCGCUAACGCUAUCUUCAUGGUUGUGCUCUUGGUGAUUUCCUGUGUGCUCCUCCUGGUGGUGCGAGUCUCCCUGGUGAUCAGGAGAACCAGGAACCAGACCCUUCACCCGGAGGCUCUGACCUCACCCAGCAGCCUGUCCAAGAAGCAGAGGAAGAUUCUCAUGUAGACAACUGGUACACACUUACUUACUUACUUACUGACUUUAUUGUCCCCAUGGGGACAUUUUGUUGUAGUGUCAUAUACACGUUUAAAGUGGCAUUUAAAUACAAAACAAAAUUGACAAUACAACUUUCAUAACAGUUACAUACCAAUAAAACAUUAAAAAAAUAUAAAUAAUAAAGACAAGCCUGCUGGCCUUACUGAGUCGAUAGGAACAUUAGCCCGAGCUAUUUAGGAGGGAUAUCACACCUGGCACAAAUGAUUGUCUGGUUCUGUUUUUCCUGCUGAGGGGUGCCCUAUACCUACAGGGGGUGGCUUGUGUCUAAAAUGAUUUUGUGAGCCUUGCGGAGGCCACUGACCUUAAAGAUCUCAUCCAUGCCUGUCUGUUUGACUCCAAGUACCUUGCUUGCUGUGGUGAUAAUCCUUCUCAGCAUAUUUCUCUGGCUGACAGUGGCAUUGCCAAACCAACAAACAAUACAAAAAGUUCAAAUACUCUCAAUGAAAGAUUGGUAAAACAGAGUCAGUAUAGUA